UGUGACGACGGGACGUCGUCUCUGGGUGAACGGCAGCUCGAACAGCAGCGAAACAGUUAACGGUAGUUAGCGACAGUUGCUCUGACAGACCCUCUGAGGAGUAACAAGUGCUUACUGUUCAGAAGUUUACUUUUAACCUGCGCGAGUUUGUUUCCAGACUCCAACUUUGUUUAGCGAUUUCUGGAUUGCGAAUAUCUUAGUUUAAUUUUAGUUUAACGUAUUUUACGAACUUUAAAGCUCAGUUCUGAGAGCAAUUAACAUUCUCCAAAAAUGUGCUAAAGCGGAAGCGUCAGAGCGUAACAUCAGGAUGACGGAGCCGGUACAGCAGACCUAUCACCCCAAAACUUCAGGCAGCCCAUCAGGUGGGAGCGGCGUAGACGCGUUGGAGCAUCUACCAGCCAGGAACCCUCCUCGACCCGAGAACGGCAACAGGGGGCGACAGAGAGACCCGAAGCGGCAGCGGCAGCGGCAGCAGCAGCAGCAUCAGCAAUGUGGGGAUGUCAACACAGACAAGUUGUGGCAAAAGAAAGGCGGACAGAGGGGGGUGUGCCCUUCCUUCGCAGCCGGAAACGUGUUUUCAAAGUGCCCGAACGCAGCGCAGCCUCUCCAGAAACCCGACGGCCUCGCUGCGAAUCACGACCCGCAGGAGAAGAACGGCGAAGACGGACCGCCGGAGGGGACUUUGAACCCGGCGCCGGAGGACGGUCACAUCGACUCGGACACCGGCUUCGAUGCGCGCCUGGGCAAGAAGAGGCACCGGCGCAGGGCCUCCAAGAAGAAGCGCAACUGGAAGCCGUACUACAAACUUAACUGGGACGAAAGGAAAGCCCUGGAGGAGAAGGAGACGGCCAGGGCUUCCCGGCUGAGGGAGGAGAUGUUUGCCAAGGGGCUCCCCGUGGCCCCAUAUAACACUACCCAGUUCCUGAUGGACGAGCACGACCGAGUGGAGCCCGACCUCAACACCGAGUCCGGGGUCAGGCGCCCCUCGGGGGUCGGUGUCCGCGCAGAGGACACCGGCAGCGAGGAGGACUUGUUUGACAACACCAACGAGGAGGAGGAGGACGACGACUGCAGCGGCGGAGGCGGAGGCAGCGACGGGAUCGGGAGGCCCGGGAACGCGGGCGGAGAGUUUCUCCAGAGGGACUUUUCCGAGACCUACGAGAUGUACCACGUCGAGAGCCUGCAGAAUAUGACUAAGCAGGAGCUGGUGCAGGAGUACCUGGAGCUGGAGAAGUGCAUGUCCCGGAUGGAGGAGGAGAACAACCGGCUGAGGCGCGCCGUGGAGCCCGGGGGUGUGACCGCGGAGGGCUCCCUGGUCCGGCUGCAAGAGCUGGAGAGGGAACUGGAGAGACUGAGGGCCCAAAACACGCAGCUGCUCCUGCAGAACCAGCCCAGCGAGGACAGGGGCCAGGUUGGAAGCAAUUAAAGGACACGAUUCACAGGGUGGGAGCCUCCCCCUUUUUUAAAUAAAAAAAAAGGUAAAACAUGGGACUGCUGCAUAAACGUACAACAAAAAAGAAUCCGUUUUCUGUAUCGGUUUGUCAUUUGGACGAAGAGUCCUUGCAUUGCAAUACUUGCCGUUUCUUUUCUAUUUGGACUGUAAGGGUAUCCUAUUCCGGUUUUUCCAAGAAGAAAUGUAAAUAUUUCAAAAAUAAGAUUCUUUUUAUAGAGAGAAUGUAUCUGACAAAACGAGAAUAUUUUGUUUUUUCCCGGUUAAACUUGAUGUUUGUCCGUUCUUUAAUUUAAGUAAAUUGAAGUAUGUUGGAAUUUCCUCAAUAUAAGAUUAACGGAUUACAGCUAAUUUGGUCAGCUUUCAAAGACUAUUUUGCAAAACUAUAUUCCAAAGUUAAUAUUUGAACAUUUGUGUGUUGACUAAAAUUCAAAUAAACAUUUUGAAAACCUGUCA